AUUUGUGAAAGUUGUGAAGAAUCGUGCUUACUUUCAACGGUUUCAAGUAAAAUUCAAAAGACGAAGACAGGGAAAGACAGACUAUUAUGCUCGGCGAUAUUUGGUCGUUCAGUCUAAAAACAAAUAUAAUACUCCAAAGUAUCGGAUGAUUGUCAGGAUCAGCAAGCAGGAUAUCGUCUGUCAGAUCGCCUAUGCGAAGAUCGGUGGCGACGUAGUAUAUGGUAUAAAGCUCGGCUUAACUAAUUACGCCGCUGCAUAUUGCACCGGAUUGCUGCUCGCCAGAAGGCACCUGAAAAAGCUGGGUCUGGAGCAGAUCUAUAAAGGUGUCGAAAAAGUGGACGGCGAAGAUUACAACGUUGAGUCGCUGGAAGAUCAUCCUGGUGCCUUUCGAUGCCACUUGGACGUUGGUCUUGCUCGGACGAUCACCGGAGCACGCGUCUUCGGAGCGAUGAAGGGUGCCGUCGACGGUGGCCUUGACAUUCCUCAUAGCGAUAAAAGGUUUUUCGGCUAUGACGGUAAAGAAAAGAAGUACGAUCCGGCGGCACACAGAGAUCGUAUUUUCGGCAGGCACGUUGCGAAUUACAUGAAGCUUUUGAAAGAAAACGAUAUGACCCACUACCAGCGCCAAUUCUCACGUUACAUCAAAGAAGGAAUCGAACCUGAAAAUGUUUGUAUGGCUUUAAUUACGGAAAUUUACAAAAAGGCACAUGCCGCCAUUAGAGCGAAUCCAGACCAUGAGCGUAAGCCUAAGAGGGAAGUGAAGAAGAAACGGUAA